AGAGGGUGCAUUCUUGUUUUUGCACCUGAGAAACAGGACUCAAGAGAUCAUAGUUUUUCUCUUAGGUUUCUUUCUCCGGUGACCGUCUUUGCACGGUUCACCUUAGACGGGAAAAUUAGGAACUAAUUUUUGUGAUUCAAAAUGUUCCAAUUUUCCUCUUGAAAAUUGAUCAUAGAGUUUAUCAGUGUGUUGGUAUUAUUGGAAUCGUCUCAUGCAAAUUUCAUCAAUAAAUUAUCUCUGUAAUUAAAGAUUGCAGGCUAAUAUUUAUUGAUGAUUUUGAGGAAUUGUGCCUAAGAUAUGAUAUUAGGUAGAUUAACAAAAAGAGGAUGGAUACAUUGCUUUCCAUGCUGCAUGCCUGUGGAUGACAACAUUCAUAUUAGCUCUUUGGAAGAUAGUAUCAUUCAACGAUAUAAAGAUAACAAAUCUCCAGCACAAUUUGCCAACAUUUCUCUUAAAACUGAUAGCAGCAGAAGGAGAUACAUAGCUGCAGAAAUAGAAAAGUUUGGAAAAGGGAACAUUUCAGCUCAAGCCUUCACGUUUCGCGAGUUGUGUCUUGCAACUCAAAACUUUGACUGCGAAAGUUUGCUUGGCUCGGGUGGUUUUGGAAAAGUAUACAAAGGCCACAUUAAAAGCAAGAAUAUGGAUGUUGCUGUGAAGCAACUUGACAGGAAUGGUUUCCAAGGAACUAAAGAGUUCCUUGUGGAGGUCCUACUGUUGAGUCUUCUCCGUCACUCUAACCUUGUCAAUUUGGUAGGAUAUUGUUCAGACGGUGAUCAGAGAAUAUUAGUUUACGAGUUCAUGCCAAAUGGUUCUUUAGAAAAUCACCUUCUUGAGCUCGGUCCAGAUCAAAAGCCUCUGGAUUGGUAUACGAGGAUGAAAAUAGCAGCAGGAGCAGCAAGAGGACUUGCAUACUUGCAUGAAACAGCUAAUCCUCCGGUGAUAUAUCGGGACUUUAAAGCAUCCAACAUACUUUUAGAUGAGAAUUUUGAUCCCAAGCUUUCUGAUUUUGGACUUGCCAAGCUAGGUCCAACAGGUGACAGGACUCAUGUGUCCACCAGGGUCAUGGGAACCUAUGGUUAUUGUGCACCUGACUAUGCUUGCACAGGAAAAUUGACCGUUAAGUCCGAUGUUUAUAGCUUUGGGGUAGUCUUUUUAGAAAUAAUCACAGGACGAAGAGUCAUCGACAGCUCCAGACCUAGUGAAGAAAAGAACCUCGUCAAGUGGGCACGACCACUGAUCGCUGACAAGAAGAAGUUACACGUAAUGGCAGAUCCAUUGCUAGGAGGGAACUACCCGAAGAAGGCAUUGUAUAAAGCUCUAACAGUUGCAGCAAUGUGCCUGCAAGAGGACGCCAGUGCGCGACCUUUUAUCAGUGAAGUAGUGACUGCUUUAGAGUAUAUAUCUAAUAUCAAGAAACAUGAUGAUCAUAAUGAGGAAAGUGCAGAAGACACUCUCAAAUCCCCACCUGCAUUGCAAACUAUUACGAGUCAUGUUGAUCGUAUUGCAAGUAGUAAUAAACCUAAUUGUGUUAGAGAAAGAUACUAAAUCCAUUUUCCCGUCACCAAACACUUCUAUUUCCGAGUGUUUCUCCAGUUUUAUUUAGUUUUUGUCAA